AUAUAGUCGCCCUACUUGAAUUUCAUCUUCCUGAAAUUCUCAGUGAAAAGACUCAAGCAUCAACCAUGGUAUUCGGGCAACUAAUUAUCGGGCCUCCAGGAUCCGGUAAAAGUACUUAUUGCAAUGGCAUGUCUCAAUUUCUUCCCCUUAUUGGACGGAAGGUUGCUGUAAUCAAUUUGGAUCCUGCAAAUGAUGCAUUGCCUUAUGAAUGUGCUGUAAAUAUCGAGGAUUUGGUCAAGCUUAGUGAUGUGAUGAAUGAGCAUUCACUUGGGCCUAAUGGAGGUCUUGUCUAUUGUAUGGAUUACUUAGAGAAGAACAUUGAUUGGCUGGAGUCCAAAUUGAAGCCACUUCUUAAAGAUCAUUAUCUACUAUUCGAUUUUCCUGGCCAAGUUGAGCUGUUUUUUCUGCAUUCAAGUGUGAAAGAAGUUAUAAUGAAAUUAAUAAAGAAGUUGAAUCUUAGGCUGACUGCUGUUCAUCUGGUUGAUGCUCAUCUCUGCAGUGAUGCUGGGAAGUAUAUUAGCGCACUGCUACUAUCAUUGUCAACCAUGCUUCAUAUGGAGCUUCCUCAUGUAAAUGUGUUCUCAAAGAUCGAUCUAAUUGAAAGUUAUGGAAAAUUAGCUUUUAACCUGGACUAUUACACUGAUGUUCAAGAUUUGUCAUACUUGCAACAAUCGCUUGAUCAAGAUCCUCGUGCUGCCAAGUACAGGAAGCUUACAAAGGAGCUAUGUGAGGUCAUAGAAAAUUUUAGUCUUGUCAAUUUCACAACUUUGGACAUACAGGAUAAAGAAAGUGUUGGAAACCUUGUGAAAUUGAUCGAUAAGACAAACGGGUAUAUCUUUGCUGGCAUAGAUGAAAGUGCAGUGGAGUUCAGCAAAGUUGCAGUUCGCCAAGUUGAUUGGGAUUAUUACAGAGUGGCAGCAGUACAAGAAAAGUACAUGAAGGAUGAUGAUUUUGAACCUGAUAUCAACUCCAAUGCAUAGGCAGCUUGCAUUUUCAUGAAUGGGAAAUUGGAGCCUCGUUGCUAUACGAAUGACAUCGUAGAGAAAAAAUAUUUGGCAAGGCUAGGGCAUGUAAUGUACCAUUUGUAUAUGUUAGAAUUUGCACAUUUUGCACUUACCUCUUGUGUUCUGCUGGAGAAUUUCAGAACACUAAAGUUAGCUAAGUAUUUGCGAUGUUAAGUGAAGGUAUCAGCAAGGAAUUACAAGGCGCCCCCGAGUCGGCGGUUUUCCGGGAAUAGAAGAUCAAUUUUAAUAUGUAAGUGUCUACAAGAACCUAGUUAUCAUGCAGCACAUCAAAUUUUACUGUAUGUCUGCUUGAGGUAACCGUUGAUUGGGUUGGAUCUUGUGCUCAUUAUAGAUGAUGCUCUUGCAUUUUUUCGUUCGUGAAUGUAUUAGGGUGUGGCUAAUCUUUUUAGCAAA